UCCUGCCUCCGCCGAGCGAGCAGCCUCAUUCGGGGAGCGCGAGCCUCGCCGCCGCCGCCGCCGCCGCCGCCGCCACUGACCGCCCGCCCGGCCGCCUCAGCCAGCGUCCUCCGAGAUGUCGGCUCCUGCUUCUGCGCCACCCGCUGCUGCCGGGGGAGAAGCGGGGGGUCCUCCCGCCCCACAACCCAACCUCUCCAGCAACAGGAGGCUCCAGCAAACGCAGGCUCAAGUCGAUGAGGUAGUGGAUAUCAUGCGAGUGAACGUGGACAAGGUCCUGGAGAGGGAUCAGAAGCUUUCAGAGCUGGACGAUCGUGCGGAUGCCCUUCAAGCCGGAGCAUCCCAGUUUGAAACCAGUGCCGCCAAGCUUAAGCGCAAAUACUGGUGGAAGAACCUAAAGAUGAUGAUAAUUCUGGGGGUGAUAUGCGCCAUUAUCUUGAUCAUUAUCAUUGUUUACUUCAGCACUUAGUGGAACUCACCGAGUCAUUUCCCAUCCAGGAGCAGCGGCCGGGAGAGGCGCGAGGGGCGAAGUCUUCCAGGCCCGGCUUCCCCUCCAUACACCCCCCUUCCCAGCCCACCCCCCCUCCCCGGUGUGUGUGAGUGCGUGUUGCGUGUGGAUGUCUUGUAAAUAGCCUGAUUUGUUAUUUAUACAUAUACAUAUAUACAUAUAUAUAUAUAUAUAUACACAUAAAAUAUAUAUAUAUUAUAUUAUAUUUUGUCUGUUUGUAGAUUUCUAUGUAGACUUUCUAUGUGUCACAGAAUCUCCUCCGGUCAGCCUCGAACUCGCCCGGUCCCCGUGGUUUUUCAGCGUCUUGAUUUUUAACUAGAACCUUUAAGGACCAAGAAUGCCUCCCGAUUCUCACGUUCAUUUCCCCUCUCCCCAGUUAGGUGGGCUCCUGACCCCUUUUCUUCUGCUAUUCCCCGUUGCAACAGUGAGCGGUGCCCUUUCUUGGACUGUAUUUUUCCCCUUGUCCUCUCUCUUCUUUCCCCACAUCUCUGGAAUCUGAGGAUGCCCAGUCAGGAGCCGGCUAGAUGGGGCAUGGACUCUCGGCGGUCCCGGGCAAGUUCUCACCGUCCACAAUCGCCACCAAUUUGGUCUGCUCGGCCGUGUUGUUCAUCCUCAGUUUCAGAUUUGACCCUUUCUUCCUGGGCCUCAACCUUUGAGAUCUUCUGUAACUUCCAUCCAUCCAUCCAUCCAUCCAAUUUGUACCCCUGCCCGUCUCACCUAAGCAUCUCUGGGCAGUUCACAACAUUCCUGGCGUUGGCGCCGUGUCUUGAAAGUAACCCGUGCCACGUCUUCUAAUGCCUCCAAUCUGAGGGACGGCACUGUCUGGAAAUCCUGCAGCGGUCCCCCCCCUUCUUCGCCGCCACCUCUGAACAAGGCGUGGCGGCUGGUUUUACUGCCAUUAAUAUUCGGUGUAGAAGCCACUUCUUUUUUUUAACAACAGCAACAAAGCAGAGCUCUGAUUCUUACAUUCCAGACCUCUUCUCUGAAGGAGACGAGGUUGUAGAAGGACGCUGCCCUCUGGGACCUCUUCUUGCAAUCACUGCCUACUUGUAAGGACUUGCCUGCCUGCCUGCCUGCGUGUGUGCGUGUGAAUGCAUUCAGGGGCAACGAAGGAGGGGGCUCAAGGUUAUUUCCUUGGAGAAGGGACAAAGCGAUUUUGCUGAACUCGCUGUCAACCUUCAGCAGGUUGGUUGUGGAGAACUGGAGGGGAGGCAUAAUUGUGGCCUAAUUCCGGGGCUAGGAUAGACCCUUCCUGACCAAGCCUGAGAACUAAAUUAAGGAGGCCCGCUGUGUCCUGAUCUUGUAGUGGGAUUAUACGUUGUUUCUGUCCGCUCUUUCUGUUUCUGAAUGGGCUGGCUGACCAAGGGGUGAGGUGGUUUGAACGGGGAAGCAGGAAAUAGAGAAAGCUGAAUGCGGAUGGCUGUAAAAGGAACCCCCUCCUCUUUGUCUCCCCUCCCCGUUGGCACUGUCCAAUCUUAGCCACUUUAAGCUUUGCAAACGUCGUAGUUGUGAUAUUGUGACGAGUGACGCCUUCUAAAUCCCUGUUCAGCACAAACUGCCAUCUUUCUUGGCCUGUUUAUAAUGUUGGCAAUGUGUGAGGUUUUUUUAAACAUACUUUUUGGUACACCCCCCCCUCCCUUCCUCCCAAGGAGGAGGAAACAACUGCAUCCUGCCUAUACCCGAUUGCUCCCCGGGGCCGAGGAAUUCCAAGGGGAAGGACAAAGGGCGACUUCCGGAAGGAUUUGGGCAAGGCACGCACGGGGUCCUCGGGAGAGAACGCUUGGCCGAGAUGCCAUGCUGGGAAAAAUGGAUUGGGGGGGGUGAGCUGAGCUGACCUGGCUGGAAAGGGCAGGAGUGGGGAAGAAGGGAGAAGUUUGCGGGGGGUCCCGGAGCUCCCAAUUUGGAGGGCUGAGGGAACAAGGAGGUCUUGGGAGGGCCCAGCAAAGACAACAAAGCCCGCCUGUGGCUUAUUCUGGGAUUGUGAUCUGCUGGGGAAGCGGCUCCGGGUGAGGGGUUGACGAUGGGGUGGGGAGGACCUUAAGGCCGCGCCUUGGGAAAUGGACCGCAGCGUAGAGGAGGUCCUUGGCGCAUCGUCUUCCAUACAUUGCGUAGGAGGAGAGCCGUCUCAAAUCCACGGCAGCCAAAAACUGGGAGGAGUCGGGAGCCUUUUUUCAAACCAGUGUUGUUAAAAGGCGGAAGCUUUUGGGAUCUGCAGCUCGCUCCAUCCGAUGUGUGGAGUGGCUAAACUGGGCAUGGGGCGGGGGGAGGAAGGGA